AUGGCCACCGGCCCCGGAACAGUCCUCAUCAACACCCUCGGCGUCAUCGCCGGCGCCCUAGGCAUCUUUGGUUUCAUGCAGAACCAGGUCGACAGAGCCGGUAAAGACGAUCUAGUAUUCAGCUUCAAGAUUGGCCUUGACGGCGCUCACGGGCCCGGCACACCUCCUCUUACCGAAGCAGGGGGAAAUUUACCUGAUAUACGUGUCUUUGACAACCAAGGCAACUUCCUGGGCAUGGCGACCAACGACCGCAAUAAGUGUGAGUCAGGCGAAGACAAUUGUUUAGCAAAAGUCCCGGGGCCGAUAAAACAGCAACCGUCGUAUGCGUUGUUUACUGCAAAUGACGAUGCGUUGUGUGUUGCGUGGGCGAGCGUAACUUAUCCUGGUGGUGAUAAGUACGGAUGGGUUGGGAACUGGGCCAAGGAGUGCAAUGCGCCAUGGUACUAUUCGGACAUUGAUGUUCAGACUAGCAAUGGCUCGGAUAAGUUGUUUUGCGCCUGGAUGGACUCAAAUGGCGAUCAGCCUACAACCGGUAUUCAGAUUCACUGGCCAGAGUUCCACGAGGGCUUCAAGGGUAACGGAAAUGAUCCCAAUUUCUACUGCCAGGACAACCCUGCCCUCCGAUUCAUCAAGGAUAAAGACCCUCAUGGCAUCACAUUCUGGACCAAGAAGCGCGACCUCUUUGCUAUCAACCCUUCCACGGCUAUUAGCGAACUUGCCCCUCCAGUGAAUCGUGAACGAGACGUAGAGCGCAUCAAGAGAACUCUCGCCAAUGACAACCGUCUCAUUCGAUCUGGACAUGCCGGCCAUUCUGCCAAGGAAUUGUGUGAGAGUAAGAAUUCUGUCGGACCGAGCUUUGUUUCUCAGAGUGAGCGGGCUUUCUGUCAUAUGCCUGAUAAGAAGCUUUAUCAGUUUUGUGAUGAUGUUCAGUCGGGUGCGUGCUGGGAUGACAAGGAGCAGAAGUUGUCGUCUAAGGCGGCGAAGGGUCAGGCUGCGGGUUUGGCUUCUGUGCCUGAGGUCAAGUUCGAUAAGGCUAUUGCUUGGGGUGUGAGCAAGUAA